UUGAUUAGAGUAGAUUCUCUGGGCAGGAACCGUGAUUCGGACCGUAUUACGGGUUUCCAACGUCAAAGCACGUUUUCUCUAACAUAGUCCAACCGAACAGGUUUUUAGCUACCCAGGCAGUUGUUUGGCUACGGAUUUAGGCUCGUGUUUCACAAUUGUGGGAAAUUUUUAAAGUUUGCCGGUCACCACCACCGAGCGGUUUCGAAAAUGCCUCCCAAAGCUAGCGGUAAAGCUGUCAAGAAGGCCGGCAAGGCCCAGAAGAACAUCACCAAGGGUGACAAGAAGAAGAAGCGCAGGAGGAAGGAGUCGUACGCAAUCUACAUCUACAAGGUGCUCAAGCAGGUCCACCCCGACACCGGUGUUUCCAGCAAGGCUAUGUCGAUCAUGAACAGCUUCGUGAACGACAUUUUCGAGCGCAUCGCCGCCGAGGCCUCCCGUCUGGCUCACUACAACAAGCGUUCCACCAUCACUUCUCGGGAGAUCCAGACCGCCGUCCGUCUCCUUCUGCCCGGUGAGUUGGCCAAGCACGCUGUCAGCGAGGGUACCAAGGCUGUGACCAAGUACACAAGCUCCAAGUAAGCGUCCC